AGAGAGGUGAUCAGUGAACAGGGAAAAAAAAUGAAGCUCUGGGUGAUGCAACAGAACUGGAACAACCGUCGGAACAACUUCAGAGCAAGUGGUCUUCUAGACUCUGGAGUCGAUAGCGCUUUCAAAUCACCUGGGGCUCUCUUCUGGUUAGUCCUCCAUGGCCUCUUCUGUCUAUUCAGUCUCGUAAUGGGUUUCAGAUUCUCUCGUCUCAUCAUCUUCCUUCUCUUCUCUCCCACCAACAAUAAUAUCUCAUCCAUAACUGACCAACUCUAUAACACAACUGCGCUUCCGCUCCUUACGACCUUCACCCCCACCAUAACAAAUGUCGCCGAGACCCUCACCUCACAAACCUCACCUUCAACAUCAACACCUACGCUUCAGAAUCCAGAAACUGCGUUCAAUGAGACCAACAAUAUUAACACCGGCAGCCAUAUCAUUGUAGGUCGUCAUGGGAUUUUAAUCCGUCCCUGGCCUCACCCGGAUCCCGUUGAGGUCAUGAAAGCUCAUCGUAUAUUGGAGAGAGUUCAGAGCGGACAGAGGCUUCAAUAUGGGAUCAAGAACCCAAGACCCUUGAUUGUUAUCACCCCCACAUACGUCCGCACCUUCCAAACCCUUCAUCUCACAGGCCUAAUGCAUUCUCUGAUGCUGGCUCCCUAUAAUCUCACCUGGAUCGUCGUUGAAGCCGGAGGACCUACUACUGAGACAGCUUCUCUUCUCGCCAAGUCUGGUUGUCGAACAAUUCACAUCGGCUUCGAUCAACAGAUGCCAAUUUCCUGGGAGGAUCGCAAUCGAAUGGAAGCUCAAAUGCGGCUUCGUGCCUUGAGAGUCGUCAGGGAGCAGAAUUUGGAUGGAAUUGUUUUGUUUGGUGAUGAUAGUAAUAUGCAUAGUAAGGAAUUAUUUGAUGAGAUCCAAUCUGUAAAAUGGAUUGGUGCUGUUUCGGUUGGAAUUCUUGCUCAUUCCGGGAACCCAGAUGCUUCUUUGACUCAGAAUCAGAAUGAUGAGAACUCUCCUUUGCCUGUUCAAGGCCCUGCUUGUGAUUCAUCUGGAAAUUUGGUUGGUUGGCACACAUUCAAUCCCCUACCUUAUGGUGAGAAGAGCGCAACUAAUGUUGGUGACAGCGCAACAGUGCUGCCUAGAAAGUUAGAGUGGGCUGGGUUUGUUAUGAAUUCCAGGUUGGUCUGGAAGGAAGCAGAAGGUAAGCCAGAUUGGGUUAAGGAUCUUGAUACACUGGAAAGAGAUGGAGGUGACCUUGAGAGUCCUCUGUCCCUUUUGAAGGAUCCUUCUGUUGUGGAGCCUCUGGGUUCUUGUGGGCGCAAAGUUCUGCUGUGGUGGCUUCGGGUUGAAGCUCGUGCGGAUGGCAAGUUCCCUCCUGGAUGGGUAAUUGAUUCUCCUUUGGAGAUUACUGUGCCUGCAAAGCAUACACCUUGGCCAGAUGCGCCUGUUGGCGACACCCAAGAGAACAUGGUGAAACGUACUGAUAAAAAUGAUCGAGUCUCCAAGUCAGAAGAAGGCCUCCGUAAGAGGUAGCAUGAAUCUAGGAGAUCACAGGUUUCCCAUAGGCAUACUGAAAGAAGUGAAGCCUGCUUAGUAGGAACAUCCUAGAGAACUCUGUUACCUGAGGUUGAGACCACAGCUCUUCUGCUUCACAACAAUCUAUAGAGCAGGUGG